AUGGUAUUGGAGGCCAAGGUCAACAAUGAGGUCACCACAACCUUCAAGGCAAGGCCUCAUGGGGCGAAGAGGAGGAGUCUCCGGAAAGACUCCAGUGGUUCCGAAGUAGAAAAUCAAGCGAAAGGCGAAUUGUCGUCUAAAAAGCCGGCCUGGGUGGAUGAAGAUGAUGAAGCUGAGGAAGAUGUCGAUAUGACCCAUAGGUUUAGGAGAGAUUUCAUGAAGAGUGAUGCUGAGAAGAUCCUUACGAAGAAAAACCUAAAAAGACGACUUGAAGAACAGUUUCAGCGAGCUAUGGGAGGAGUUCCUGCCUGGGCUGAUUUAGAAAACAGGAAGAAAUCCAAAAAGACUGCAAGUGAUAGUGACAGUGAUGAAGAUGAUGAUCUUCUGUGCAGGACUGGCAAUUUCAUAUCACACUCAGAGUCCCUGCCAAGAGGUAUUUUGAAGAUGAGCACCUGCUUGCCUGCUAAUCAGGAACGUUUUGCUAAUGGAAAACUGGCAACUGUGCAGUUUCAUCCUUUGGCUCAAGUAGUCAUGGCUGCUGGACAUGACCGAUCUGUGUCACUCUUUCAGGUUGAUGGUAUAAGGAAUCCAAGAAUACAGAGCAUCUAUUUAGAAAGUUUUCCGAUCUAUAAGGCUUGUUUCAGUGUUGAUGGAGAACAAGUUAUAGCCACUGGUACUCACCACAAAAUGUUCUUUGUCUAUGACAUGAUGAGUGGAAGUAUUAUUCCUAUACAGAGAGUAAGAGGUGUGGAGGAAAGAUUUCUCAGAAACUUCGAAAUCUCUCCAGAUGGAUCAUUUAUGCUUUUAACUGGAACGUCUGGUUACCUUCACCUGUUGUCAAUGAAGACAAAGGAACUCGUAAGCACUAUGAAGGUAAAUGGAAGAUGCGGUGCAUCUGCUUUCACUCCAGAUAGCAGUAAAAUAUAUAGUUAUUCAAAGGAAGGCGAAGUUUUCAUUUGGGAUGUGAGAAGCAGGAAGUGUCUACACAAAUUUGAAGAUGAAGGUUCUUUGGAAGGAAAGUGCAUCGCUCUUUCAAGAAAUAACCAGUAUGUGGCAUGUGGUUCAGCUUCUGGAGUUGUAAAUUUGUAUACUACCGAUGUCUGUCUUAAAGAAAACCACCCAAAACCAGUUAAAGCCAUAAUGAACCUGGUUACAUCUGCUACGUGUGUGACCUUCAAUCCCACCACAGAAAUUUUGGCAGUGGCUUCCCGUGAAACUGAUGAGGCUGUCAAAUUGGUACACAUUCCUUCAUAUACUGUAUUCUCAAACUUCCCAGUGUUCAGAAGAAAACAGAUUUACCUUGCUCAGUCUAUGGACUUUUCUCCCAGAAGUGGUUUUUUCUCUAUAGGAAACAACAAAGGCAAAGCUUUGUUAUUUAGGCUGAAACAUUAUUCAGAUUUUUAAAAGAAGAUACAGGAGACAAUGGACCAGUAACU